ACUUUUCUGCAAACGAAAAAGAAGCGUUUCUAUAAAAUUACGCGAUUUUUAAUAUUAAAUUAUUAGCAGUAAAUGUGUUAAAAUUUUAAUUAAAUUUUUAAUAAACAUGUAAAUAAAUGUUUGUUCUUUAUGAAUUAAUAGAAAUAAAGUGUUAAUUUAAUGAAUUUAUAUUAAAAAAAAUCAAGUGAAAAAUUCCCAUUCGAAGGACUGGAGAAGAAAAAAAAAGAACAUUAAAUUUUUUUUAUAAGAAAAAGCAGUGGCUUGAAAAAAAAAAAAAGAAACGAAGCAAAAUAUAGAGAGAAAUAAAGAAGAAAUUAAAUGCGUGGAUAGCAAAUGAGAAAAAAUAAUAAGCAAAAAAUAAUAAAAGUAAAACGCUUUGUAAUGUUUAUGGAGGCUAUAAGAAAAUAAUAAAAUAAAGAAAAUACAUUGGCAUUGCAAAAAACUAAAAGAAAAGAAAGAAAAAUUAUAUAUACACACAUGCAUACAUACACAUAAUAAAUAAUUAAUACAAAAAGAGGAAGCAACAACUACAUAGUUAAAAACUCAAGAAUUGAUGAAAAAGAUUUUUUUUAUUUAAAAUAAUUAAAAUAAAAAGAAACGCAUUAAAUUAAGACGCAGCAGAACAAGUAAGAAAAAGAAGAUAGCAGCAAUAUUUUAGAUUUUUUUCUAUACAAUAAACAUACUUAGAUAAUAGGAAAAAUUUUGCAAACAAUUGCCUAACUAAAGGUAAGACAAACUAUAGAAACAUGUGGAAUUCGGAGGCGCGACAACAGCAGCAAAAUGGUGUUACUACCUCAACAUCCAAUACAAUACACAAUUCUUCUGGACAAAAUGCACAGAAUAAUGGUGGCAGCAAUGGUUCGUCACAGCAGCAGGCCAAACAGCUGGGUAUGACUUCAGCCAUAAGUUUGGCGGGACCACGACCAGAAGAUUUACAAAAAACUGAAGAGUUACGCAAGGCUUUAGAGCCUUAUAAGGUUUUUGAAACUGAAGAAGAAUUGAAUCAUCGCAUGGAAAUACUUGCCAAACUUAAUACUCUGGUCAAGCAGUGGGUUAAAGAGAUUUCAUUAGCUAAGAAUAUGCCCGAAGUGGCGGCCCAAAAGUUGGGUGGUAAAAUCUAUACCUUCGGUUCGUAUCGUUUGGGAGUUCACCAUAAAGGAGCUGAUAUUGACGCAUUGUGUGUAGCACCACGCAAUAUAGAACGUGCUGAUUAUUUCACAUCAUUCUUUGAACUGUUGAAAAAACAACCUGAAGUAACCGAAUGUCGAGCCGUUGAAGAGGCUUUUGUACCGGUUAUAAAAAUGAAUUUCGAUGGCAUCGAAAUUGAUUUACUUUUCGCUCGUUUAUCUCUCAAAGAGAUACCGGACGAUUUUGAUUUGCGCGAUGACAACCUAUUAAAGAAUUUGGAUCCACGUUCGGUGCGCAGUUUGAACGGUUGUCGGGUGACAGAUGAGAUAUUGUCGUUAGUACCGAAUAUAGAGAAUUUUCGUUUAGCAUUGCGUUCCAUAAAGUUAUGGGCUAAAAAACAUGGCAUCUAUUCAAAUUCAUUGGGUUAUUUUGGUGGUGUUACUUGGGCCAUGUUGGUGGCUCGUACCUGUCAAUUGUAUCCGAAUGCCACAGCCUCCACAUUGGUUCAUAAGUUCUUUUUAGUUUUCUCACGUUGGAAGUGGCCAAAUCCCGUCUUGCUAAAACAUCCCGAUAAUGUUAAUUUAAGAUUUCCCGUAUGGGAUCCUCGUGUUAAUGCCUCAGAUCGUUAUCAUUUAAUGCCGAUUAUAACGCCAGCAUAUCCACAACAAAAUUCCACUUUUAACGUUUCGGAAUCAACAAAGAAAGUUAUAUUAAUGGAGUUUAAUAGGGGCAUGUCGACAACAGAUGAAAUUAUGUUGGGCAGAGCUUCGUGGGAUAGAUUAUUUGAGGCUCCCAGUUUCUUUUAUAGAUAUCGCCACUUUAUUGUUUUAUUGGUUAAUUCACAAACCGCCGACGAUCAUUUGGAAUGGUGCGGUCUGGUCGAGUCUAAGAUACGUCUCUUGAUUGGAAACUUAGAGCGCAAUCAACACAUUUCAUUGGCCCAUGUCAAUCCCAAGUGUUUUGAUCAUAAAAAGGGCAAUAGUAAUAGUAAUAAUUCCUGUUCGCAAAAUAGCAGUAGCGGCAAUGAAGAUGAUAAAUCUCAAAAUCCUGCUACAGCAGCUGGUGGUAAUGCAGCUCCUGCUGCCGGCCAGGCCUCAUUAUCUACAUCGCCCUACUGUUCGAUGUGGUUUAUUGGUUUGGAAUUUGAACGGACGGAAAAUUUAAAUGUUGAUUUAACCGAAAGUAUACAGAAUUUUACAGAGCAUGUUAUACAGCAUGGUGUCAACAUUAAAAUGUUAAAGGAGGGCAUGUCCAUAGAGGCCCGUCACGUCAAACGCAAACAGUUGUCACAGUAUUUAGAUGCUGAUUUCUUGAAACGUGAACGUAAAUCCAUGGACAGUCACAAUAGUUUCAAUAAUGCUAUACUGGCCAAUCGCAAACGGCUCUCCAAUGAGAUGCAACAGAAAGAAGGCAGCAAUGGCAGUACUGUCAAGCGAUCACGAGUCAGUGAAUCGCAGGAAGAUAAUUCAAAUGCUUCUAGUGAUGCUGGAGGUGGUGGUAAUACUACACCCACCACACCCACUUCACAGCAACAAACGGCACCAACAUUUAAUAAACAACAGCAAUCAACGACGCCACAGCAGGAAGAGGUUUCCGAUAAUAGUAAUGGAGGCAACAGUAAUAGCAAUAGUAAUACGGCUUCAACACAACCCACAGCUGAAGUGGCAUGUUCGUGACCGCCGCCAACUAUACCGCUGGCCUCACUACCCCAUUCACACUUAUAUCCACCCACACAUACGUUGCUGACCCAUGCCACACUACCGCAUCAUAAUACACAGAAAUUUCGCAAAAACAAUAAUGCUGCUGCAGCUGCCAAUUCCAAUAGCAUUUUUUGUCAACGUUUAACCUCCUCCUCGGCUACGUCGUCCUCCUCUUCUGCUGCUGCCUCCUCCUCCUCCUCCACAAGUUCUUCUUUGUCUGCCUCGGCGGCGUUGUCGUCGUGUAAUGCAACGUCUUUGUAUGGUCGUAAUCCAAGACGUUUAUCAGCCACUUAUAAUCACAAUAGCAAUCAUCUGUAUCAUCAACCACAUCAUCUGCAUCAUACACAACAACAACAACAGCAGCAACAUCAUCAUUUGCAACAUCAUUCUUCAAACUCUUUCAUGAUGACGUCGUCUUUAAAUACACAUAAUAAACACAACAACAACAACAACAAUAAUAAUAGUAGCAGCAGCAACAACAACAAUACCAAUAUUAAUAAUAACAACAACAAUUCCAGUAAUCAAACCAACAAUAGCAACAACAGUAACAACUCUAACAAUCAUAUAGUUGAUCUUGUUAAUGACGAUGAUGAUGUUGAUGAAUUAUUAACAACUGGAACUACAGCUACAACAACCACAACCAUAACUUUGUAAUAAGGCUUAUCCAAUUAACCCCCCCAAAGUAGUAUAAGGAUCUAGAUAUAAGGACUAAUGGUUUAAAGCCACAUUAAUUAAAUACAAAAUAUAAAAAAUUAAAGAAAAAAAAAUUGGAAAACAUUUUAAACAAAAAG